AUGCCAACCGGAGGUGCCAGUAUCAAGAAAACAGGCACUACGGAAGUUAUUACCGAGAGGUUGCAGGGAAGUGACUAUGAUGGUGCAAGUAGUCGUUCUUCCGCCGGUUCGAUCGGCAAAGAGCAGAAAACUUACAUUAACGGGCUCCCAAAGUACGAUUUGACCGUUUCUUCCGAGGAACAGCAUGUGAAGGUGGGGGACUACCACCAAAAAGUGAUCACUGUGAAAGAUUACUUUAAGAACGUGUCUUCGCAUCCCGGAAAGAAGGCCAAGAGGUAUGUGAAGUCGCUUUUUCCGAUUGCCGGAUGGAUCGCACACUAUCCGUUCAUGCCCUCGUGGAUAUACAGCGACUUUGUGGCCGGACUAACCGUGGGAAUUGUGCUUGUUCCCCAGGGAAUGUCGUACGCACAGCUUGCCGGUUUGAGCCCGGAGUACGGCUUGUACUCAUCAUUCAUCGGCCUCCUCAUGUAUUCGAUUUUUGCAACCAGUAAGGAUGUUUCCAUCGGCCCGGUUGCAGUCAUGAGUAUGGAGGUGGGAAAGAUCAUUACACGGAUGCAGAGCAAGUACGGUGAUAAGUACACGGGCCCGGAAAUUGCAACCACCUUGGCACUUCUCUGUGGUGCGAUCACGUUUGCAAUCGGCGUUCUCCGGCUUGGAUUCAUCGUUGAACUCAUCCCCUUGCCAGCAGUGUUGGCCUUCAUGGGAGGAUCGGCCUUCAGCAUCAUUGUUGGCCAGGUUCCAGGGCUCAUGGGCUUCAACAAGCACGUCAACACUAGGGAGGCCGCCUACAAGGUGGUGAUCAACACUUUGAAGAACUUGCACCGGACCAAGGUGGAUGCAGCGUUCGGCUUGGUGUGUCUCUUCAUUCUUUACGCAUGGAGGUACCUCGCAGCUAGGCUCUACCGGAGAUACCCGAAGAACAAGUUCUACUUCUACUUGCAGCAUGUCAGAGCAGCCAUUGUGAUCAUCUUUGCCACGCUCAUCUCGUACUUAGUGAUCCGCCACAGGCCAACCACGGAAAAAACACCAUUCAGUGUCAUCGGCAAGAUCCACUCGGGUCUCCAGGAUGUUGAAAUGUUCCACCCACCGGCCGGAUUGGCGGCAGAUCUUGCUUCCAACCUCCCGGUUGCAACCAUUGUGCUCGUCUUGGAGCACAUCUCGAUCGCAAAGUCCUUCGGCCGCAUCAACGACUACAAGAUCAACCCAAAUCAGGAGUUCAUCGCCAUCGGAGUGACCAACUUGGUGGGAACGUUCUUCCACUCGUACCCAGCAACAGGAUCCUUCUCUAGAACUGCCCUCAAGUCCAAGUGCGGUGUCAAGACGCCCUUUUCCGGUAUGUUCGGAGGCGCAUGUGUGCUUUUGGCCAUCUACUGCUUCACCUCUGCCUUCUACUACAUCCCCAAGGCCGCCUUGUGUGCCAUCAUCAUCCAUGCUGUCAGCGACUUGAUUCCCUCCUACAAAGUGACGCUCAACCUCUUCCGGGUCGCACCAAUCGACGGUGCAAUCUUCGUCAUCGGUAUCUUUCUCGCUGUUUUCACCGCCAUAGAGAACGGCAUCUACUUCUGCAUGGCUGCAGCCGCUGCUCACAUUCUAUGGAGGCUCUGCAUCACAAACGGCUCCGUUUUGGGAAGAAUCAAGGUUGUUUCAACGGUCAAUCCGGUGAUAAAGUCUGGAGAUGCCACCUCUUCUCCUCAGGCUGGCUCCAAGCAGCUUGUCUCGCACUUCGAGUGGGUCCCACUACCACAUACUGCCGGAAAUCCAAGCAAGGUCCACACCAGAUACGUCAACAAUGCAGUGGAUGUCGUUCCGCCUCCCCCAGGUGUCGUUGUCUACCGUUUGUCCGAGAGUUUCAUAUAUCCAAACAGCUCUAGGCAGGCGGAUGCCAUUCUGGACGAAGUAAAGCGGGUCACGAGAAACGGAAAGGCCAAUAAAGAGCCCACAUGGAACCAUCCGGGUCCCUUGGUGGUCCGGAAUCCCUUCAAGGGUUCGCUAAAGGCCAUUGGAAAGUUCGCUGCCCGGGCUUCGAGGCGGACUUCUUCCUCACAGGAUGGAAACGAGGCCGAGAUUGAGGAGAAUAAGCGCCAGGAUGGACUCGAAAACGACGAUCCAAGACCAAGACUCCGUGUUUUGCACUUGGACUUCUCGCAGGUCGUCGGAAUAGACGCCACGUCGAUCCAGGCCUUGAUCGACUUGAAGAAGGCCGUGCAGACGUACUGCAACUGCGAGUACGAGAUCCACUUCUCUGGAAUUAUCAACCCCUGGGUCAUCCGGGCUUUGGUGAAUGCCGGAUUCGGUGGCAGCAAGGUGAGCUCGUUCCGGAGGGCAAGUGGUGACAUAGAAUCGGCUGCAGGCAGUGCUGGACACGCGGGAGCCAAUGAUGAUGAACCUGACACCGAUGAUCCUCUGUCUAUCGUGACGGUUGACAACAGACCACAGACUGAUUCCAACCAUAUUGACUAUUUGGACACUGGUGUCAAGUACGACCGCCUAGUGGCUUUGUACGACACCGAUCAUCCUCAUUUCCACUUCAACAUUCCAUCCUACUCGGAGUUUGAGUAG